GCCUAUCAUCUGACCUUAUCCCCAAAACCCUGCAAAAACCUUCUUCAAACUCUGGGAAAUUCUUAAUUUUUAUCAACUUCAGUUGGUUACUCACAUACCCUUUUCAUUAUACAUGGCCAUGGAAUUAUGUUCAUCUUUCAAACCCAACUCAUUUGAUCUGUCCUUCUCAUCCUCAAUUUCACACUUUUCUAUAAAAACCCAUGUAAAAAGUUCCAAUCUUGGUCCAAGAUUUCAUGUUUUAGCAGUUGCAGUAGACCCAAAAGAGCUCCCUCAAAAUAGUCCACAAAGACUCCUCAAAGAAUUAGCUGAGCGUAAAAAAGUAGUAUCUCCUAAGAGAAAAGUACCCCCAAAAAGAUUCAUACUAAAACCCCCUUUAGAUGAUGCUAAGCUUGCUGAAAGAUUCCUCAAUAGCCCACAAUUGUCUUUAAAGUCAUUUCCUCUUUUGAGUUCUUGUUUACCAUGUUCAAGACUCAAUAAUGCUGAUAAAACUUGGAUUGAUGAGUAUUUGAUUGAAGCUAAACAAUCUUUAGGGUACCCUUUAGAGAGUUCUGAAAGUUAUGGGGAUGAUAAUCCAGCUAAACAAUUUGAUACUUUGUUGUAUUUAGCAUUUCAACAUCCUAAGUGUGAGAGGACUAAUGCAAGGCAUGUAAGGUCAGGACAUUCAAGAUUGGGUUUUUUAGGGGAGUAUGUUCUUGAAUUGGGGAUGUGCGAGUUUUUCUUGCAGAGGUAUCCUAGGGAGUCUCCUGGUCCAAUGAGGGAAAGGGUGUAUGCAUUGAUUGGGAAAAGGUAUAUGCCUAAGUGGAUUAAAAAUGCCAGCUUGCAGAAUUUGAUUUUCCCAUAUGAUGAUAUGGAUAGGUUGAAAAGAUUGGAUAGGGAACCGCCGGUCAAAUCUGUGUUCUGGGCUUUGUUUGGAGCAAUAUACUUGUGUUUUGGAAUGCCUGAAGUUUAUCGGGUCCUAUUUGAAGUGUUUGGAAUGGAUCCUGAGGCUGAAGAUUGCCAGCCCAAAUUGAGGAGACAGUUGGAAGAUGUAGACUAUGUCUCAGUAGAAUUUGAAGGCAGAAAGCUUAGCUGGCAAGAUGUUGCUGCCUAUAAGCCUCCGGAGGAUGCUCUUUUUGCGCACCCAAGGGUUUUUAGGGCGUGUGUUCCACCAGGCAUGCAUAGGUUCCGUGGUAAUGUAUGGGAUUAUACGAGCAGACCUCAAGUUAUCCAGACACUGGGAUACCCAUUGGCAAUGAAUGAUAGGAUUCCAGAGAUUACUGAAGCCAGAAACAUUGAACUUGGACUUGGUUUACAGCUCUCUUUCUUGCACCCGUCAAAAUACAAAUUUGAGCAUCCGAGGUUUUGCUUUGAGCGGCUAGAGUAUCUUGGUCAAAAAAUCCAGGAUUUGGUAAUGGCAGAAAGGUUACUUAUGAAGCAUCUCGAUGCUCCUGGGAGAUGGCUGCAGGAGAGACACCGGCGUAUCGUGAUGAACAAAUUCUGCGGAAGAUAUUUGCGAGAAAAGAAUCUCCAUCGCUUUAUCAUAUACAGUGAGGAGGUUCAGGAUGCAUUCGAGCACAAUCGUAGGCUCAGGAAUCCAGCUACAACUUCCGUUCAACAAGCUAUUCAUGGACUUUCUUAUGCUAUUUAUGGAAAGCCAGAUGUAAGACGCCUUAUGUUUGAGGUUUUUGACUUUGAGCAGAUCCAACCUAAGGCGGUUUGAGCUCUAACGAAGAAAUAUUGUAUUUUCUGUCUAGCCCAAUUUAUUAGCAAUGUUGUAUUAUGGGUUUAACCUUAACCCACGCCUGUCUGGUCAUGGUCGUUUACCUGUUAUUUUUGAGAUAUGGAAAUGUAAAUAGAAAGCAUCCCUUGGGAAAGCCUCACGACCUGGUGGUCGGCAUAACAAUAUUGACAUUAAUAGGAUAAGAUUUUUUUUGAUACCAAAGAGUCACAGGAGGAAUAGCAUAAAUAUCAGAUUAUGAACUCUCAUAUUUAGUGUUGAAUAGGUUAGAUAUAUUGCAGGGUUUUGCAUUGUAUUAUAUUAUGUUUCCAGUGUCAUUUAUUAGAAUAUA